AUGUCGCUUUCCGACUGGAAUAUUCCUCCUGACCGAAGUAUUCUUUUACCCCGAAAUCCAAUUAUGGGAAAGUUUGUUAGUCCAUCAGGUCCUCUUUUGUCCCCUUCCACUGGGGCCAACGCACUUAGUAAUCGCUGUGAUAAUAUUACUGGUGUAGGUAGUAUUGCUGGUUCUGGUAAUGGUGGUGGUGGCAUUGAAAUACUCCAUGGCAGAGUCUACAGUGCGCAGACGGGCGGUGUGCGCCCACAGCACAAUGAUUUCUCUUUAGUGACGUCUCCUCAUGCUGCAGUAGCUUUUGCCGGAAAUCAUUGCAUCUUAGGUGAGUUGGACAAGUUUUUGUGA